CUUGCUACGAGUGUCAGUAGGUGCUACCAGUGCUCAGUGACGUUCGGUCGUAUGUACAGUUAGGAUCUUAUAUUGAAAUUACAUAUUUUUAACAUGACAUCGUUGCUAAGAAAUUGUUGGAAAUUAUCGCAAAACUUGUCUUCGAAUGUUCCUAAACGUUAUGUGCAACCUUUUUCAUUGAUACGAUAUAAUAGUACAGAAGUAACAGAAGCAACAGAAAAAGCAGAAACUCGACCUACUGUACGCAAACCUAAUCCUUAUGUUGAUGUUGACCGUUUAAAAGAAUUUGGGUGCUAUGUUUCUGAAUGCUUACCAAAGUACAUACAAAAGAUUCAAAUAGUUAAUAAGGAUGAACUUGAACUCUUGAUUACACCUUAUGGAAUUUUUCCAACAGUAGCAUUUUUAAGAUGUCAUCAUAAUGCACAAUUUAAUAAUAUAGUUGAUAUCACCGCAUUGGAUGUACCUAAUAGACAAUACAGAUUUGAAGUUGUCUAUCACUUUCUAUCAAUUGUAUAUAACUCUCGUAUUAGAGUAAAAACAUACACGGAUGAAUUAUCCCCACUUGAUUCGAUAACCGAAGAAUUCAAAGGCGCUGAAUGGUACGAGCGUGAAAUAUGGGAUAUGUUUGGUGUUUAUUUCAAUCGUCAUCCUGAUCUCCGUAGAAUUCUAACAGAUUAUGGUUUUGAAGGACAUCCACUCAGAAAAGAUUUUCCAUUGAGUGGAUACAUGGAGGUUCGGUACGACGAUGAGAAAAAGAGGGUAGUAGCAGAACCAUUGGAAUUAACGCAAGAAUUUCGAAAGUUUGAUUUAUCCGCACCUUGGGAACAAUUUCCAAACUUUAGAGACACAGCACCAGCUAUUGAAGAUGUAGUACCAGAACAAACAAAAAAAUAAAUACUUGGUAAAGUAAUGAAUAAGAAAUAAUUUGUUCGAUUAUUAUAUAUUCGAAAAUUUGUUCUGUUAAAUACCAGAAUCAUACGUGAAUACAUAAUAUUCAGUACUAAGCUGUAGAUAAUUGACAAGUUGAUUGCGAUGAAAAGUGUUAUAUUGCAAUAUUUCGUCAAUAAAGUCAUUUUUCGUUA